GCGCAGUCCAAAUCAGUCGUGACGAAUCCCAGCCAGCCGGCGACACCUUCAUUCUAUUCUAGCAGCGGUUUUUUUAAUUUUAUUUUCCCUUCUUCUUUUUUUUUUUUUUAAAUCUCGCCAAGUCCACGAUGGACAAGUCAUGCUGACUCGUGGAAGUGUGCCACGGACAUGAAGAAGGUGAUGGUUGCUCCUCGCUUUCCUCAAAGUUGACGGGAGUGACGCGACGACGAUGAUGAAGUCAGGCAUGCACAAGCCUCCAUUGGCACCUAAACCCAAGCCAGCGCAGCUUCAGAAGGCCGAGCUGUCUCCCUCCACCCCCCGAAAAGAUGCCCUUUCGCACCAACCUCCUGGCACGCUCGGGAAGAUGAAGCCCACACUGGCCCCCAAGCCCAGCUUUUCCAUACUGGAGUCCAAACCCGUCCCUUCGAAGGAAAUUCAACGGAUCAUCAGUGUCCUUAACAGCCAAAAUGGAAUUCAUCAAGAGAACAAGAAGCCAAACUGGGAUUAUAUUAUUCCCAUUUGUCUUUGUAGCCAGAAAAACUGCAUGUGCAUCAGGAACAAUCACAUGGACAAAACUCAGAAGGAAUUGAAGACAAACUCAAGUGAAAGAAAGCUGGACAUUGCAAGAACACCAGAAACCCGUGCAUCUGUAGCUAACGGCCACCUCCCAAGCCAUAAACCUACUCAACAGACUGCACCUGCUUUGGGCAAGAGCCUCAACAGAGUCGCCUCAAGUCCUCAGUUGAAAGUCUGGUUAUCUUCUGACCAGAUCCGGAGCAAUGUUGCCAACGGUAAUGUUGGCCAGCAAGGGCAGGAUCCACAGGAAGAUGCGCAAAACUCUAGAAAGCCCUUCCCUGUCCCGGUGCCCCGUAAACCCAAGAAUACCUCUCUGUUCCACCAGGAAGAAAUUGAGGAAAUCCAGGAAGUGAGGACAGUAGAAAAGUUGAAGGAGCCAUUUGAAGGAAAGGGCAGUGAAUCCUUAAUAAAGCUCUUCUCGCGGCCUUCCCUGCCACCCAGGAAUAACCCUUAUCUUGCAGCACCUGAAAAGGCGGCAAGUCCUGCUCUGUCCACGUUUCAGGACAAUGUGGAGGAAGAAGACCUGGGCUGGGACAGCAUCUAUGAUACGGAGUUAUCUGUUGACAAGGUGGACGAUGAUGUGGAGGAGAGGGAAGCAAGGCGUAAUGACCAGGAGGCUGCCAAUAAAGACCAGAGCGAUGGCUCUAGUCUUUUCAAGAACCAGGACGGGGUGGUCAAGGUAUCUCCGAAGAAGCCGCAGAGGAACAACAGCCCAAUGGCUUGGAUGAAAAGGACUGCGUCACCUGAUGCGAUGAAACUCGGAAUUAACCGACCCCUGCCUCCUGUAAAGGCGACCAAAACUUUGGAAAAGCAACAACCCGGGUCCUUUUCCGGUACAGACCACGUCGGUUAUGAAAGACAUCAGAGUCACUCUCUCAGGAAGCUACUGGAUGUGAAACUCUCCACUAUGACCCUGCCCAAGUUCAUGACCGCCAAAGGAUCCCAGACGCCCUCGGAGUCAUCCAGCAAUGACCAGGCCAUACCCCACCAUCUCCACGAGGCGUUCGGGGCCGAACGUAACGGACUGGAGCAAAGCGUGGACGGAGACGAGUUCUGCCCCACCAGUGAACAAGACGGGAACUAUGAGAACGUCUGCCUUUAUGAGGAGAUACCGGACUAUGAGAACUUCUACUUUGGCAGCUCAGAUGGUUCCAGUGUGGCCUGUCAGAGCCUGAUGUAUAGUGACGAGGGGAUUUAUGAGGAACCGGGGACGUAUUUGGAUAAACUCGCUUACUACGACAGAAGCUCUGUCGAGGUGGAUGAUGUCAUCUCAGAUGAUGACUUCAUACCUUCAUCGGAUGAAGAGGAGGACGAGGAAUACGACAGUUCUCUCUCAAGUAAAGGAGAGCCCGAGCCGCAGGAGGAAAACGGGAGCGGCCCCAAAAAGUCCAAGAUCUGUUACAUCGCCACUGAAAUUAUGACCUCUGAGAAAGUGUUCGUGGAUGUCCUGAAACUGCUCCAUGUUGACUUCCGCGAGGCGGUAGCUGAAGCGUCUCGUCAAAAUGGCAAACCUGUGAUUGAGGAUCGUCUGCUCAACCAGAUCCUGUACUACCUCCCUCAACUCUAUGAGCUGAACCAGGACCUGCUGCUGGAACUACAGAACAGACUGGCCCUGUGGGAUGAAAACGACCAGGUGGCGGACAUCUUCCUGCAGAAAGGUCCCUAUUUGAAAAUGUAUUCCACAUACAUCCGUGAGUUUGACAAGAAUGUGGCCCUACUGGAUGAGCAAAGCAAGAAGAAUCCAGCAUUCGGCGCUGUCGUACGUGAAUUUGAGGCCAGUCCACGUUGUGCCAACUUGGCUUUAAAGCACUACCUCCUAAAGCCCAUUCAGAGAAUUCCACAGUACCAGCUCCUGCUUAGAGACUACUUAAAAAACCUGUCCAAAGACUCGUCUGAUUACAAGGACACGCAAGCUGCUCUUGCUAUCGUUAAAGAAGUGGCAAAUCAUGCUAAUGACAUCAUGAAACAAGGGGAUAACUUCCAGAAGCUAAUUCAAGUGCAGUGCAGCCUGAACGGCCAUCACGAAAUAGUCCGGCCUGGAAGGAUCUUCCUGAAGGAGGGCUCCCUCAACAAGCUGUCCAGGAAGAUCAUGCAGCCCAGAAUGUUCUUUCUGUUCAACGACACCCUGCUGUACACCACCCCUGUCCAGUCCGGCCAGUACAAGGUCAACAACAUGCUGUCUCUGGCUGGAAUGAAGGUCAGCAAGCCGAGCCAAGAAGCCCUCCAGAACGAGCUGACCAUUGAGAGCGUGGAGCGCUCUUUUAUUCUUUCCGCUAGCUCUGCAUCAGAGCGAGACGAUUGGCUCGAGGCCAUUUCCACAGCCAUCAACGACUACACCAAGAAGAAGAUCACGUUCUUAUCUGGAAAGACAUCAGACGAGGCGCAGCUGAGUGACACUGGAGACGGAGCUCCUUUGGGCUCCAAAGCUCCCAUAUGGAUCCCAGACCUACGCGCCACAAUGUGCAUGAUCUGCACCUGUGAGUUCACGCUGACGUGGAGGCGGCACCACUGCCGGGCCUGCGGAAAGGUGGUGUGCCAGUCGUGUUCCUCCAACAAGCACUGCCUUGUGUACCUCAAGAACCAGCUGGCCAGAGUGUGCGACCAGUGUUACCUUGUACUGCAGGAGCAGAAAAGUGAACAAGCCCUCUCAGGGGCGGCAACACCCGGCAACAAAGGCUUUGGUUUCUCUCGUAAACAUAAGAGGAUUCCUGCGACCCUCAAAGAGGUGACGGCCAGCACGGGCAACUCCUCCAUGAGUGGAUACUUGCAGAGGUCGAAGGGCAAAAAGAAGCAAGGGAAGAGGCUGUGGUUUGUGAUCAAAGAUAAGGUUCUAUACACCUACGCUGCCAGUGAGGAUGUGGCCGCCUUGGAGAGUCAGCCUCUUUUAGGGUUUGUCCUGAAACUGGACCCAUCCCAACAGUUGCAGUUCAAGCUUUACCACAAAAACACCCUGUACUACAACUUUAAAGCCGAUGACGCCCAAACAGCACAGAGGUGGAUUGACACGUUCAGAGACUCAGCCGUGCUUUAGUGUCUGGACUUUGUGUGACAUUUCAACGUUGGCAAGAAAGGUUUUACCUCAGUGCUUCCAGAGUUUUCCAUCUGGAGACACCAUGUUUCCAUGUAUUAGAUUAUUUUUACUACCCCUCCAUAUAUACGGACGUUAUGUUUUUAUAUUGUCUGUAUGUUGCAUCGUGUACAUCCUUUUUAAUCAUCUGUAGCCUUUUUUCUAGUUAUUUUUGCGAGCACAAUUUGUGAUUUCACACACUAAAAACCUCCUUCUUCACUUUUUAUUUCUAUUUAAUAAACUUCCACCUUAAAUUAUUAUUUUUUUUACAAUGACAAAUGGUGUGUUUUAUGUUUUCCCUAGGAGAUCUGCAAUGGAUCAUACCAUGCUCUGCACUUAGUUCACUAAAAAUGUAAAUAGUUUACAGUCCACCAGUAUGUUGUGUAAAUAUUAUUGAUGAUCAUCACUCAUUAAAUCAAAUGUGCAUAACAUUCCCUUACACUGUUGGAAUAUUGUUAUUGUAAUAAAUAGUAUUAACACCC